AUGCCAGAAACAAGUUCAAGAAGACGUAGAAGUACAAGAACAUCUCCCUUGCAAUCUCAGUUGACCCCUGAAGUAACUGGUCACCAGGACAGAUUCUUUGAGCCUGGCGAGAUAUCUAUUCCAGGUAUCAAAGCUGUUCAAGCCCUACUUUAUCACGGGAAUCAAAUAGUGAAGCCUCAGCUCUUACAGCUCUGUUAUCCUCACUUGAAAGUACAGUUUGGGAACAGUGACAAAUUUAUGGAUAAUGCUGGGAGGAGGAAUCUGAAAUUUGUAAUUGAUCCGUAUCCAAGUCUCUGCAACGUUUUGAAAGAAUGUGAAAGUUCUGCAAAGACAAUAUCUGUUGAUUCAGGCAGUGGUUCUAUAUGGGAACCCAAUGAGUGA